AUGAUAGAGAUGGAGAGUCCUGAGCUGAAGGAAGCUCGGAUGGACCUCUCAGCCAACCAAGAUGAGGAGGGUGACCAGGAGACCUACCAACUGGAGAUUAACAAGGACACCAAGAAAUGCGCCUUCAGGACCUACACUGGGAAGUACUGGACCCUCACCUCCAACGGGGGCAUCCAGUCCACCGCCUCUACAAAGAACGCGAGCUGCUACUUUGACAUCGAGUGGUGUGACAAGCGCAUCACCCUGAAAGCCGCCAACGGCAAGUACGUGACGGCGAAGAAGAACGGGCAGCUGGCGGCCUCCAUGGAGACAGUGGGUGAGACGGAGCAUUUUGUGAUGAAGCUGAUCAACAGACCCAUCAUCGUCCUGCGCGGCGAGCACGGCUUCAUCGGGUGCCGGAAGGUGACUGGCACCCUGGACUCCAACCGCUCCUCCUACGAUGUCUUCCAGCUGGAGUUCAACGACGGGGCCUACAACAUCAAGGAUGCCACUGGGAAAUACUGGAUGGUGGGGAACGAGUCAUCCGUCACCAGCAGCAGCGACACCCCCGUGGACUUCUUUUUUGAGUUCUGCGACUAUAACAAAGUGGCUAUCAAAAUCAAUGGCAAAUACCUGAAGGGUGACCAUGCCGGGGUCCUCAAGGCAUCCGCCGACACCAUCGAUGCCUCCACCCUCUGGGAAUAUUAA